AGACACUAACCCCAGAGAAAAAUCUCAAGAAACUGAGCGAAAAUUCGACAAAGAUUGUAUCUUUUCCCAGAAAAAUGGCGCAGGCACAACCGGAGGAGAAACCCCAAGAAUGCCAAGUGGUGGAGGUGAAGGAGGCGAUGAUGGUGAAGAGUAGUAGCCGUAGUAGUGUUGGGAGUAGCAGUGUGCCAUUCAAAUUCAAUGCGCAGGCACCGGAAUUUGUGCCAAGAUCGCAUGCCCAGAUGCCGAUAUCGGGAUAUUUCUACCCGUGUUUUCAUUAUCUUGGUGGGGGGGCUGGGUCGGAUUGGCUCUUUGUUGGCGAUGAUCAGGAUCCGGCGGCGUAUUUGCUGUCGAACCCUAAUAUGUCCAUCCCUAAUUGUUCGUCCAAGAAUGUGCUCACUGAUGAUCUCCGGCAGAAGGUCGUCAAGCAGGUGGAAUACCAGUUCAGUGACAUGAGCCUUCUUGCAAACGAAUCUUUGUCAAAACAAAUAAAUAAAGAUCCUGAUGGUUAUGUGCCAGUAUCUUUUAUUGCAUCUACAAAGAAAAUCAAGUCCUUGCUUAUUAAUAACCAGUUGCUUUCACAGGCACUUCGGACCUCUUCAAAGCUUGUUGUCAGUGAUGAUGGCAAGAAAGUUAGGCGUAAACUUCCUUUCACUGAAAAAGACAAAGAGGAACUGCAGUCUUGUAUUGUUGUGGUGGAGAAUUUGCCUGAAGAUCACUCACAUCAGAACCUUGAUAAAAUCUUUAGUGUUGUCGGAAGUGUGAAAACCAUCAGGAUAUGCCAUCCUCAGGAAUCCAAUUCUUCCCGCUCUAAAGGUGACUUUUUCAUGAGUAACAAGAUACAUGCACUUGUGGAGUACGAGUCUACAGAGAUGGCUGAGAAAGCUGUAGAAAAGCUAAAUGAUGAAAGGAAUUGGAGAAAAGGGCUCCGAGUGAGGUUGCUACUUAGAUGCUCGCCAAAAUCUGUCCUGAAAAACAGAAAGUCGGAGUUUGAUGGCAUUUUAGAUGAUGAUGACUCACCACAUACUGAAUGCAGUGAAGACUCCCCACAUUCAAUCCAUGCUGAUUCAGCUGAGAACAAUGCUGAAGCAAAUUCAGUGGGAUUAAAGAAGGGGUGGGCUAAAGGCCGUGGAAAGGGUCGUGGGCAUGAUGCACUUCCCAAACCGACCUUUAAGGGGCCAAGAAUGCCAGAUGGAACCAAAGGUUUCACCAUGGGACGAGGCAAGCCCUUAAGCACACCUCUGGAGUGAUGGAUGAUUCUUUCUCUUUCCUCUUAAGUCUAUUUUAGCUUCUAUAAUUGAAUGGCCCUGCAUUUCCUGAAAGCAGCAAAUGGUCUAUGAUCUGCUAGUCAUGGCCUGGCAUUAGUAAUAAUUCAAGAUGUAUAGCUUAGAAUGGUUAAUGGCAUGUAGCUGUUUGCCAGCAGUUUUGAUGAUGAACUCUAUAUUUUGCUGUAGCAUGUUGGUUAAUGACCUGGGAUUCAGUGUUCUGCUCUUAUUAUUUGUACAAUCUUUUUAAAUAAUAUAAAAUCGAGGAGUAGUA